AGUGAGCGGCGGCGGCGGCGGCGCGCCGGCAGCAACAGAAAGCGCAGCUGCUCAGCUACAGUCCACGCCCCCUUCCCGCUCCGGUGACAGUCUCUGCGGAAAGUCGCGUUCGUGAUUUUUGGAGAGCACCGUGUGGGACGACGGCGGUCCAGCCGGGUCGUCCGUGCCAGGUGACGAAGAAACGUUUUCCUGGUGAACCAUUCCUCCUUCCCUUUAGGCAGCCCGCACCCCCGGGGCCUAAAGAUGCUGAGAUCUACGUGGAAUUUUCUGAAACGUCACAAAAAGAAAUGCAUCUUCCUGGGAGUAUAUAUCCUGGGGAAAUAUGGACAGAAGAAAAUCAGAGAAAUACAAGAAAGGGAGGCUGCAGAAUACAUUGCCCAAGCACGACGACAAUAUCAUUUUGAAAGUAACCAGAGGACUUGCAAUAUGACAGUGCUGUCCAUGCUUCCAACACUGAGAGAGGCCUUAAUGCAGCAACUCAAUUCUGAGAGCCUUACAGCUCUGCUAAAAAACAGGCCUUCAAACAAGCUAGACAUAUGGGAGGAUCUGAAGAUAAUAAGUUUCACAAGAAGUAUCGUAGCUGUGUACAGUACUUGCAUGCUGGUGGUUCUUUUGCGAGUCCAGUUAAACAUAAUUGGUGGAUAUAUUUACCUGGAUAAUGCAGCAGUUGGCAAAAAUGGCACCACAGUUCUUGCCCCCCCAGAUGUCCAACAGCAAUAUUUAUCAAGUAUUCAACACCUCCUUGGAGAUGGCCUGACAGAAUUGGUCACUGUCAUUAAACAAGCUGUGCAGAAGAUUUUAGGAAGUGUUUCUCUUAAACAUUCUUUGUCCCUUUUGGACUUGGAGCAAAAACUAAAAGAAAUCAGAGAUCUCGCUGAGCAACAUAAACCUUCUUCUUGGAUUAAUAACGAUGGAUCCAGAUCUUUAUUGUGCCAUUAUAUGAUGCCAGAUGAAGAAACUCCAUUAGCAGUGCAGGCCUGUGGGCUUUCUCCUAGAGAUGUUACCACUAUUAAACUACUCAAUGAAACUAGAGACAUGUUGGAAAGUCCAGAUUUUAGUACAGUUUUGAAUACCUGUCUAAACCGAGGAUUUAGUAAACUGCUAGACAAUAUGGCUGAGUUCUUUCGACCUACUGAACAGGACCUGCAACACGGUAACUCCAUGAAUAGUCUUUCCAGUGUCAGCCUGCCUCUAGCUAAGAUAAUUCCCAUAAUAAAUGGACAGAUCCAUUCAGUUUGCAGUGAAACACCUAGUCAUUUUGUUCAGGAUCUGUUAAUGAUGGAGCAAGUGAAAGACUUCGCUGCUAACGUGUACGAGGCCUUUAGUACUCCUCAACAACUGGAGAAAUGAUUUUUUCCUUCAGGAAGAACUACAGUGGAAUUCAUUUGCUUUAAAAAAUACACUGAAUAAAUCAACUAUAUAGAGGGUAAUGAUUUGGUACCGAAAUGUCUAAUAAAAAUAUAUUCGUAAUCAAAGUCUUCAUUUCAUAAUAAAAUAGAUUUAUUUGGCAUCUUAAUAUAUUUUUUUAAAGUCAUCAACAGACUGGUUUUUGUGGGCAUAUCUGAGUGUACACAGGGCAAAUGUCAGAAUUGUUAAUAAUUUGUUACACCAUGGAUAUUAGUUACAAACUGAUUAACAUAGAUACUUUUUUUAUAUAACAGGAAAUUCAGUAUACUUUGACAUUAAUACUGAGGUAAAAUCUGUUUGGGAAGUAGGUGUGAAGUCUUGAAAAUAUGCUAUUUAAUCAUAAAGUUCUCUGGACUGCAGUAUACAGGAGUGAAUCAGACUUUUCUCCAGUUAGUCUUCAAAGGGAUAAAUUAUUUAUCUUAAAUAUACCUGAUUGAGGACUUCAUUUUUUAUAGAAAUCAGUUAAUUUAGCAACUGUGAUCGGGACUUCCCUGGCGGUCCAGUGGUUAAAACUCCCCACUUCUCCUGCAUGGGGAACGGGUUCGAUCCCUGAUCCCUGGUCGGGGGAACUAAGAUUUUGCAUGCCGCGUGGCACGGCCAAAAAAAAAUAGGGAACAACUAUGAUCAGCAAUUUUUUUCUUUACUGUUGUUAACAAUCCUUAGGAAACUACAUACUGAUUUAGGGGCAAAAAUUGUGUUUAUGCCGUUUACUCACAGCUAUGAUUAACUACUGUACAUAGUUUCAUUCAUUUGUAUGUAAAUAAUUUUAAUAACUUACUUUGUAUUGAUUUUGAGCACAGUGAAUCUUAUUGCAAUAAAAUAUUUUAGUAAAA